CUCUCUCUCUCCUAAACCGAAUCCGCCCGCUCCCUCGGCCCGAACACCCGACCAAACCCUUAACCUCUCUCCCACUCUGUCAUCCUCCUUCUCUCACCGCGCUCGGUCCACUGUUGAUCCCAGGGAGGACGGCGAGGACAAGGAGGAGGUGGUGCCGUGGUGGCGAUAUCUAGGGCGGAGAGCAAGCGCUCCAUCUACGAUCUACCAAACCGCAGCCGUGUCCUUUCUCUUCCUCCUUGAACGAUAGCUUCAGUGGCAAUUCAGGCCCCCUUUGCUUGCUGCUGCAACGAAGGAGCUCCAAAUUAAUCAUGGAUGUCGAUUCGCAACCAACUAUGGAGGAAACUAUCCUUGUGGGGGAUGACCUCAUGCUGGGCCCUCCAUCCCCUCUCAUACCCCAGGAGAUUGCAUCUCAUGUUCUUGAAGGUGUUGAUUUAUGUGAUGGAAUACUGAGAAAUCUUUUCCUGUGCCUGCAAAUUAAUGAUAUCGAGCCAUUUUGCCAAGAUGAGAUUGUUCUGUACCGGCAGUGUGCUGAGAAGAGGGAUAAGGAGUUAAGGCAGCGACUCCAGGAUAGUGAGCAUAAAUUGGGUUUAUCUAUGCCAUUGGACGAGGCGAAGGAUAGAGCUGCCCAACUUCAAUCUGAAGUUACACUGUUAGAGAGGCGCUUGAUUCUUGCUAGCGGAAUAGAAGGCAUGGAAGGAUUUCGCCAGCGAUGGAGCUUGCAUGGACGCGUUGAGGACACUAAGAGAAGAUUGGAAGCUCUGAAUCAGGGAAUGGCUAAAAGAUCAACUGAGAAUACUAAAGAUGAGGUUAAAGGAGACAAACGUAAGAAGAAAUGGUUUUUCUGGUGUACUUCCGCAUUAUUUCUAUUUGUGGUAUGCAUGCAUGAAGCCGGCUCACUGCUGAAACAAUAGAGCACAAUACAGCUGACAGGAGCCAUUCUAAUUGUGUUCGCUCAGAACUCCUAUAUAUGGCAGUCGGUUGAUGCAUUUUCUACCUUAUGGCUAACCAUUUGAAAUUGAGAAACUGGAUUAGUCGUUGAAUUGUCAGGGGGGUCUCCCAGAAAUAAUCUUCAGGCAGAAGAUACGUCUAGUUUUUGAAUUUUAUAAUUACCAUGUGAUCAAUAUAUUAUCUGCCGAGGAUCUGAAGAACAGGUGUCAGUUUGUUUGUGGAAAUAUAUAUAUUAUAUAUACCACAUUAUUUAAAAGUUCAAUUGUCAUAAACAAAAGGCAAAUUUUCACGUGCUACCAAACCCACUAGUCAAUGUAAUUGAUAGCAGCUGUAUGUUGGCUAUGAUAAUCAAGAAUCUAGAAGUUAUUUUGGUUGUCUUCUUUCUUUUUAAUUGUUCAAGACAUAGUAUUUUGUGUUGAUAAGAUAGUUAUGUAGCA